AUGAUUAACUAUUUCAUUAAAGGAAGUGUAAUAUUAGGAUUGUUAAAUCUCAUAAUAGCCUUCAGAAAUUAAAUUGAAUUAGAUUAAAUUUAUAAUGAUGUUAGUUGUGAUCAAGGUUAGUCACUACAUUACUUUUUUCCUAUUUAUCCCUAUUAUUGCAUAAGUAAAAUAUUUUGUCUUAUCAAAAGGCAUAACUCCUGCAUGUACUGGAGUUACAACACCAUCUUUAUAGAGAACAUCAAAAAAUUUUUACUUCGAUUUAGUUUGUCAUCCAGAUGUUUAAGUUGGAUCCUAAGCAAUUAGAUAUUAAGUCUCUAAAUUUUUGACUUAUUUUAGUUGUGGAAAUUAAACAGGUUAAUUGGUAAUGUCAAUCAAAGAUGAUGGGAAAUAUUUUUUUGAAUGCUAAUGUAAAAAUAUUUUUAGAUGAUAUAACUAGACGAAACUACUGAAGAUAAAAUUCGCUGUUAUUUUGCAUAAGUUAAGGAUGGAAUAUAUAGAUGCUUAUAUUGUUAUGAUAAUUACUAUGGAGAGAACUGUGAAAACUACAAUUAUACAUCUAUUUCACUAACAUCAAGUAAUGUAAUAAUUUUUAAUAUAGAAUGUCAAACAUUAAAUGUUGAUGGUAGUUGUGCUUAAUGCUAUCCAGGAAAUGGAAUGAUAAAAUAUGGCGAUUCAUUAUGUUAAUUAAGUAAUUUGUCCUAAUUAAUUUAGAAUGUUUUCCUUAUACUAAAUGUUAUAUUGCUGCCAAUUAUUAAGUACUUUAGUGGCUUCCAUGUGUAGAGGAUGGAGCUCUUUAAUUGGAUACUAUUUGUGUUUGUAAAAAAUAAAUUAAAUUUAAGCUUGUAACAUAACUUAUUGUUCUAAAUGUGAGAUAGAUUUGACUACUUAAACUGAAGUAUGUUUAAAAUGUAGAUAUCCUUAUUUAUUAAUAAACAACAUAUGUUUUGGAGAUAAGAAUUGUUUAAAAUAUGAAAUCUUAUAUGAUUUAAAUGGAAUUCCUACAGGUACAUAAUGUUUGGAAUGUCUUUAUGGUUAUUUUUGGGAUAUUGCUUAUCUUCAAUGCUCAAGUUAUUGAUAUUAUUAUAAAUUUAGGUUGCAGUUAAAGAAAGGGUUGUCCAGUAUGUAAUGAAUUGGGAUGUUUAUAUUGUCGUCCAGGAUAUACUUUAGUGAAUUCAAAAUGCAUAAUUUUCACUUGUGUAAAACGACAUUGCUUAUAUUGUUAAUUGGAUGAUCCCAAUAUAUGUACAGCGUGCAAUGAUGGAAUGGGUAAGUAUUUAACAAGUGCUGGUGAAUGUGAAUGCAAUGUUGAUGGAUAUAGAGGUGAUUAUUAUGGUAGCUGCAAAAUUUGUACUCUAUUAUAUUGCAAAUCUUGUGAUCCUUCUCCAUUCUCUUGUACUUCAUGUGAUGGCUUUUAUAAUAGAGUAUUAGAAGGAACUUCUUGUGUUUGUAAACCCUUAUUCUUUGAAUAUUUUGACAAAACUAAAACAGAUGGUCGACCACUAGUUUGCAGAUGUAUUGAUUAACUUAUAUUAUAGCAUGUCAUCAAACUUGUUAUGCUUGUGAUGGGAUUACAGCUAAUGAUUGUUUGGAUUGUGGAAAUCUUAAUUCCUAUAAUCGUUAAUUAUCAGUUAAAGGAGAAUGUGUUUGCAUACAAGGAUAUGGAAAUGAACUCUAUUUUGAUAAUUAAAAGUAAGAAAUACUUCCAUAUCGUGCAUGUGCUAGUAUAAAUACAUAUAUAUUAAUAAGGAUGUUAUAAAUUAUGUGCUGAAUGUAUUGAAUCUAGACCUGGUACUGUUUUCUAAUAUUGUACAUAAUGUAUUGAAGGAUAAAAUAGAGAAUUAUCAGAUAAUUUAGAAUGUGUAUGUAAAGAGAAUUAUAGUGAUGAUGCAAAAUAUUUAAUUUGUUACUGUAACUUAUUUCAUUUAUGUAUUUUCAAGAAUGUUAUUACACUUGUGCAUCUUGUUAAGGAAUAUUAUCUACUAAUUGUGUGAAAUGUUCAGCUAAAUCGCACAGAUAUUUAUCAAUUAAGAGGGAAUGUUUAUGUUCAGAUUCAUAUUAUGAUGAUAAUAUUAAUAUGGAAUGUUAAUGUAAAUUAAAUUGAAUAAAUUUAUUAGAAUGUCAUUAUUCAUGUCAACAUUGUUUAUUUGAUUCUGGUAUUGAUAAAUGUACUGAAUGUCCUUCUACAAGAAUAUCAAUUAUUGCUGGAUCUACUUUUAUUUGUGUUUGUUAAGAAAACGGUUAUUUUGAUUUGGAGGGAUCUAUGGAAUGCCAACCUUGUCAUUAUUCAUGUUUAACAUGUGAUGGAUCAGAAAAUUAUAAUUGUUUGAGUUGUGAUACAAAUUAUCGUGAAUAUGAUGAAGUAUAAUGUAAUUGUCCUAUUCGAUAUUAUGAUAUAGGAAUUCUAGAAUGUUAAAGUAAUGUACUUUAUUAUUAAUUAGGCUGUCAUUAUAGUUGUAAUUCUUGUGAUAAUGUGAAUUUUGAUAAUUGUUUAGAUUGUUCUAAAGAAUUAUAAUAUAGAAUUUAGAUUGGAAAUACAUGUAUUUGUAUGGAAGGAUAUUAUGAUAUUGUUGGUGAACCAAUUUGUGAUAGUGAGUGAUUUAUUUAUAUAUUUUUAGAAUGCUCAUAUAAAUGCAAAAGUUGCAAGGAUACUAAUGAUUAUUGUUUAGAUUGUCCUUCUAAUUCAGGAAGAGAAUUAGGAUCAGAUAAUUCUUGUUCAUGCACUGAAGAAUACUAUGAUGAAAUUGAAAAUCCUUUAUGCAAAUGUAUUUAAUUAUCAACAUUUAUUAAUAGUGUGUCAUUUUAAAUGUUAAUCUUGCACAGAUGGAACUGAGUAAUCAUGUACUACUUGUAAUUUGAAUAAAUUCAGAAAAUUAAUAAAUAAUGAAUGUAUUUGUAUGAAGGGUUAUUUUGAAAUGGAAGUUUAAGAGUGUUAAAGUAUUAAUUAAUUAUAAAUUAUAGAAUGUAGUUCAUAUUGUUAAGAAUGUGUAGAUUAAUAUGAUAAUUGUAUUUCUUGUUCAAAAGAUAGAUAUUUGGAUGGAAAUAAAUGUCUUUGUUAAACAAAAAUAUAGGGAUAUCAAAUAAGUACUUAUGAAUUAAAGGGAGUACUUUAAUGUUAAAGUAAAAAUAAUAAUCUAUCAUUCAGAUUGUCAUUAUACAUGUUUAACAUGUUAAAAGAGUUCUGCACAAAAUUAAUGUAUUACAUGUCUUGAUACUGAAAAUCGAAUUUAGAUUGGAUCUACAUGUAUUUGUAAGGAUGGAUAUUAUGAAGUAGGUAGAGCAAUAUGUUUAAGUAAUUAAUAAAUAAUAUAAAUUUCAAGAAUGUAGUAUAAAAUGUAAAUUAUGUAUCUUAAAGAAUGAUACAUGUUUAGAAUGUGAGGAGAAUAGUCUUAGAGUAUUAAAUUAGAUUUUAAAGAUAUGUUAAUGUCCUGAUGGAUAUUUUGAUGAUGGAUAAAAUAGUUUAUGUUAAAGUAAUAUUAUCAUUAAAUAAAUUUAGAAUGCCAUUAUUCUUGUUUUACAUGUUCUAAAUUGAGUACAUUAUGUAAUGAGUGUUUAGUCUCAUCACAUAGAUAACUUAAUGAUUUAAUAUUUGAUUGUCCUUGUAAUCAAGGAUACUAUGAUUCAGGUAUUUAGUAAUGUCAAAAAUGUCAUUAUUCUUGUCUAAGUUGUAAUACUUUUUAGAAUUGUUUAAGUUGUAUAUCUUAGAUAGUAUCAAAAAGAGUAUUGUAUUUAAAUUAGUGUAUAUGUUUACCUGGAUUUUAUGAUGAUGGAUAUUCAGCAAAUUGUUAAAAAUGUGAUUAUUAAUGUAAAACUUGUAUAUCCUAUUCUUAUUAAUGCACUUCUUGUCCUUAAACUAGAAACUUAUAAUAAAAUUGUGUUUGUUUAAAUGGAUAUUAUGAUAUUGGAUAUGAUUUAUGUUCAAAAUGUGAUGCUAAUUGUUAUAGAUGUUUUAAAUCAUCAACAAAAUGUAUAGAAUGUGAUAUUUAAUAAAAUCGAAUGUUAAAUUUAGAAUUGAAUAAUUGUGUAUGUAAAUAUGGAUAUUUUGAAUUAAAUGGAGUUUGUUAAUAAUGUAAUAUAACUUGUUAUACUUGUAUUAAUUAAUAAGAUAAUUGUACAACUUGUCCAAUUGAUAGAAUAUAAAUUGGAUCUAUUUGUAAAUGCAAUGAUGGUUAUUAUGAAGAUUAUGAUGAUAAAUAAUGUUAUCUUUGUCAUCCCUCAUGUUUAACAUGUAUAUAUACUGCAACAUAAUGUUUAUCUUGUAUAAGUGGAGAUUUCAGAAUUUUAAAAUGGGGAACUACAUGUGAAUGUAUAGAUGGAUAUUAUGAAAAUCUAACAAAUUAACAUUGUAUGUAAUGUAAUUAGACAUGUUUAACAUGUAAAUAUAAUGCUAAUCAUUGUACAUCUUGUGAUUCAAGUCUUCAUUAUGAUAUUUAAUCUAAUUAAUGUGUAUGUAUGUCUAAAUAUUAUUAUGAUGUUAUUACUAAAUUAUGUUAAUGUAAUUAUUAUAAUAUUAUUAAUAGAAUGUCAUUUUAGUUGUUUAUAAUGUUAAAGUCAAUAUGAAUGUAUUUCAUGUAAUACAUUUACUAGAGAAUAUGACAAUUCAUCUAUGAAAUGUGUAUGUAGAAAUGGAUAUUUUGAAAUAAAUACAGAACAAUGUUAAUGUAUAUAUAAUAUAUAUAUAUUAAGAAUGCCAUUAUUCUUGUUAAACUUGUUUGAAUACAUCAAUUAAUUGUUAAACUUGUAGUCAAUUAUACUUUAGAUUACUUAAUAAUAAUACAUGUUAAUGUAUUUAAGGUUACUAUGAUGUUGGUGUUUCAAUGUGUUAGAAAUGUUCUGAAAUAUGCAAAACUUGUCAGACAUCUUCUACUAAAUGUACAUCAUGUUAUGAGUCUGAAUAACAUAGAAUAUUAUAAUUAGAUUAAUGUACUUGUUAACAUGGAUAUUUCAAUUCUGGAUCAUUAAUUUGUGAAAGUAAAAUAUAAUAUUAUAUAAAGAAUGCUCAAAUUCUUGUUAAACUUGUGAAAUUCAAUCUAAUUUUUGUACUAGUUGUGAUGUAAAUUAAAAAAGAAUUGAUAACUCAAUUUAAAAGAAGUGUCCUUGUAUUACAGGAUUCUAUGAAGAUUAAAAUUAGAUUUGUCAAAGUAUUUUAAAUAAUCAUAUUAAGAAUGCCAUAUAAAAUGUUAUGAUUGUAUUUAUACAAAUGAAACUUGUAUCAGUUGUAAUUAUCAAGUUAAUUCACAUCGUUAUUCUUUAUCAUAUUAAUGCAAUUGUAAAGAUGGAUAUUAUGAUGAUGGAACAUAAAUUUAAUGUUAGAAAUGUAGUUAUUAAUGUAAAUUAUGUUAAAAUAAUUCAAAUAAUUGUUUAAUUUGCAAUAAUAAUUUUAGAUAGAAUCCUCCUCUUUGUAAAUGUAUUAAUGGAUAUUUUGAAGAUGAAUAAUUAACAUGUUAACGUAUUAACUAUUAUUAUAUUACAUUUAGCUUGUGAACAUCAUUGUAGUACUUGUAUAUCAAAUCCAACUAAUUGUUUAUCUUGUAAACCAGAUAGAUUUGGACCUAAUUGUGAAUGUUCUGAUGGUUAUUUUGAAGCUGGUUUAAUUAAUUGUGUUUGUAAUUAAACUUUAUUAUAUUCUAUUAGAAUGUUAAUUUAAAUGUUUAACUUGUAGUCAAGAUUCAUAUAAUUGUACUUCAUGUAAGGGUGACAGAAUUUAAGUUCCUAUUUGUAAAUGUCCUAAUGGAUAUUAUGAUGAUUAUAUUAAUGAGAGUUGUCAACAAUGUCAUUAAACUUGUGAUUCAUGUGAUAUUAAUGGAUGUAUAUCUUGUAAUGGAAACAGAAUAUUAUCUUAAGAAAUGACAUGUGAUUCUCCACCAAAUUCUGUGUGUUAUCAAAAUACUCCAUGGUGUUCUAGUAUAUAUUUAAUAUCUAUUAUUUCAAGAUUGCAUUGUAGCUGUAUUAAAUAUUUAUUUCUCUGAUGAACUAGAUAGUCUAAUAAUUUUAUUUGACUUUCCUUUAGAUGGUAAAAUAUUCCAAUCUUACUCAUUAUCAAAUAAAUGCGAAUAAAUAUUUGAAAUUAUAUCAAUUGAUAAAUUUGGAAGAAAUCCUAUUUGUUUAAUAAAUCCAUCUAAUAAUCAUGAAUUACUUAUUUAAUUAGGAGAUUAUCCUAUUAUAAAUGUAGGUGAUGAAUUGCUUUUCAAUAAAAACUCACUUUCUCAUCUCAGUUGUGAAUAAUCAUUAUCAAUUUUUGUUAAUAAUUACAUUAAACCUCCCAAGAAUUUAUUAUAACCUUAAAUAGAAUUUGAUGUACCAGAUUAUAUAAUCAAUCCUUGUGUUGAAAUUCAGAUCUAUUAAAUUAAUAGAAUAAAUAAUGGAAAAAGAGCAUUAACAAAUCCUUAUUGGUCAUAUACAUCUUCAAAUGGUAAUACAUAAGAAUUAGAUGAUUUCAUUGAUUAUCAAAAUACCAUAAAGGAUUUCAAUUUAAUCAUACCUUCAACUACUUUACCAAUUAAUUCCAAAAUUACUUUCUUCAUUCAAUUCUAGAACUUUUUGUCUACUUCUCAAGAAUAACAUUUUAUUAUUACAACUAACAGUGGAGAUUCACCUACAAUUUCUUUAAAUAUUAUUAGAAGAUAUUUUACAUAUCAAAAGAUUAAUCUUAAUUUUAAAAUCUAAACUAUUUAAUGUUACAAAAAAGAUGUGUCAAAUUCUCAACUUUAAAAUUAUGCAAUAGAAUUAUUAUAAAUAAAAAAGAGUUCAUAAGAUGCAUCAGAAUCAAAUGUUUAUUAUAAUAUUACUACAUCUUAAGAAGAUCAUUCUAUUGCAAUACCAUAAUAUCAACUAUCACCAAAUACUAAUUAUACUUUUUAAAUUAAUGUAACUAAUCAAAUUUCAUAACAAAAUUAGAUUUAGAAUUUUACAAUCUAAAUUAUUUCAGCAGGUAUUGUAUGUUAAUUUUAUGGAAUCUUAAAUGUUUAAUAUUUUGCAAAGGAUAUGAAUUUAUUUAUUAAAUGCAAAGAUUUAGAUGUAUAAUUUGAUUGGAAUGAAGAUCCAGAUCUAUUUACAGAGAUAUCAUGUUAUGAAUUAACAAGAAAUCAAAAAUGUAUUGAUAUACAUAAAAAAAUCAUACCUGUUAAUAAAACAGAGAAACUAUAACAUGUAAAGAAAUUUAGUGUUGAACCACUUACAAUUCAAGAGUGGUCUCUUAAAGUUAUUAAGAAAACAAUAGAAUAUCAUUUUAAAGAAAUAAUCGUAUUCUUAGAAUAUGAAUUUAAAAUACAAAAAAUAGAUUUUAAUAGUGGUUAUCUAAUGAGGGAUAUCAAUAAUUUUGAAUUACUCAAUUUCUCAUUUAUAUUUAAUGAAGAUUAAUAAUAAAAGUUGAUUGAUUAUUCAGUUGGAAUUGUAUAUGAUUAUUAGAUUAUCAAUAUAAUUUAACCAACUUUUACUACAUUCUAAUUUAGACUUUUUGAUUAUAUUACUCAAAUGAAUAGAGGUAAUUAAAUUAAUCUAAGAUUUAAUGCAUAAUUUAGUGAUAAUAUUAUGCCUAACCUAUACAAUUUAAAUCUAAAUCUCAAUUAACCUGUUCCUUGUUAAAAAAAAUUAUAAAUUAAUUAAAUAAAUCUAUAAAAUAAUGUUAAUCACUUUACAAUAGCUGCAAUUUGUGAUUAUUCAAACAACUUCCCAUAUUCAUAUUAAUUAAAGUAUUUCUAUAGAGAAUCUGAUUAUUAUCAAUAUAUGAAAUUUGAAUCUGAUUAUUCCAUUACAUUUUAAUAGUAUUAAACUUCUAAUAUAUUUGAAUUAUCACUACCAUCCUCAAUGAAUUCAUCAAAUAUAAAUGUUUUAGUAUAGGUUAUUAAUUUAGGAGGAUCAAUAACUAAUAUAUAUUAAAAGUUUAAAGUAAAUAAAAAUAAAUUGAAUUGUACUCUUAAUUUUAAUUAAUCAUUAAAUCUUAAAAUCAAAAUUAGUUUACUAUUCGAAUCCUAUAAUGAUGAAUGUUAUAAUUUAUCACUUAUUAUUUACAACAACUUAAAAUAAAUGAUAUAUAUAACUAAAAACCAAGAUAAAUAACUCAUUUUAUCUUCAAUUAAAUUAUUUAAAUAAAUAUAAACAUCUACUAAAAUAGAUAAAGGAUAAGUUAGAUUGAUGGAAGAAUAACAAUAAACAGGAAUAAAUGAAUGCUUUGAUUAAAUUAAAAAACAUUUUAUUGUUUAUGGAAAAUAUAAAUAAUAAAAUGAUACCUAAAUAUAAAUAAAGAAUACAAUUAUCUAAAAUGUACUUUUAAUCAAAAAUUUAAUAUCUUCAUCAUUAUUAGAUAUCUAAACUAUUCUUAAGUAAUUAAAUGAUAAUUCAUUAUUUUGGGAUCAAUUAUUAGAAUAAAAUAAAGAAUUCUAAAUUGAUUUAUUAUAAUCAUCCUUAAUUUUAAUUGAUGACAUCUUUUAAAGUAUAUCAUUAAUUAAUUAACCUGAUUAAGAAAUGUUAAAUCAAAGCAUGUUCUUGUUAGAUUAAAUUAAUACAAUUAUAUCAAUCAUUUAAGAAAAAGCAAUAGUUGAUGGUAUACAUUAAGAUUUUAAAGGAGUUUCAUUUAAUUUGACAUUAAAAAGAAUAAGCAGAAAACACUUUAAUAAAUUACUUAAUUUAGAAAUUAAUUCUUUUGAUUUCUUAGUAUACUUUUGCUAAUUAUAAUAAAUGAACCUAAUCUUAAAUCCAUAUCUAUUUUCUUCCAAUUUUUCUUUUAAAUCGUUAAAUUAUUCAAAUGAUUCUCAAAUUGAGAUAACUAAUUAACCUAUUAAAAUAGUAUCUUUAAAGAAUUAUUUCUAGAAGAAACCCUUUAUAUUAAUUGAAGAACUAGAUAAUUAUAUCAUUAAUUUUAAUAAUUACUCAACUUGUAAAAGUGAUUUAAAUAUUAUCCAAGAAUUUGAUCUAAUUUGUAUAACCAAAACAACCAAUCAUGAACUUAAAAAAUGUAAUCUAAUAUAACAAUAUGAUGAAUCUUUAAAUUUAACAUUAAUAUCAUGUUAAUGUAAUUAUUUAGGAGAGAUUUUCUUAAUAAAAUAAAUAAUAGGAAAUAAUAUAAUAGAAAAUAUUGAUAUUCCAAAAUUUAAAUAAAAUCCAACAAUUUAAAUAGAUCAUGUUUUUACUGAUCCUCUAUACAUUGUUAUUAAUAUUUAUUGUAUAAUUACUUUAAUAGCAUAUUUAUAUUAUGUUUAUCAAGAAAUAAAAAUACAUAAAUAGGGCAUAAUUAAUUAGUAAUGUGAAAUCAAUACUAAUAGAUAAACUAUACAUUUAUAUCCUGGAAAUGUAUAUAUUUUUAAGAAAGAAUUAAAAGUAUAUAUAUUUUAUUAUCUAUUUAGUACUUGCAUUAGAUAACAUCUCUUUUUUAUUAUGAAAUUAAUCAUAAUAAAUUGAGUACUAGAAUCCUAAGUAGCUUUUCAUUAAUAAGUUUAUCAUUAUUACUUUUUUUGUUAGAAUUUUAGAUAUUAUAAAUUAAUAAUAAUUGGAUAUAUGGACUAUUUAUUUUAAUAAAUUGUAUUCUAUUUGAAAUUGUUAGAGGAAUACUGAAAAUAUUUAGAGUAUUAUCUCGAUUUGGAAUAUUGAUAACCAUUAUAUGUGCUAUAAUUUAAAUAGUAUUGCUAUUCUCUUCAUCAAUUGCAUAUAUAAUUGAUUUUAAGUAAUAUGAUAUAUAUUAAUAAUUUUUAGUUCAAUAACAGAAUUGGAUAGAGUAACUUUAAUUAUUGUCUUUUUAAGUUUUUUAAUAGUUUUGUUUGUUAUUUUAGAGCCAUUAAUUGUUUUUAUUAGAAUAUGUUUGUAUAAUCUGAUUUUACCAAGUAUUAAAUCUAAUUAAUUAAAUCCUUUGCAUCACUUAUUAUACUUUUUUAUAUUCCAUGAAAAUUUAGAGAAUGAAUUAUCUCAAUAUAAAUUGAUUUGA